AUGUCGAUCACAACUACCGGCUCCGCGGCAAGCACUACAUGCGGCUCAACAGCGCAAUACGAACUGCCCGUCAAAGACGCAGCCUGUGGCGUACCAAACUCCUCGAAAUACAAAUCUAUGAUCGAAGUCUGUGCAAAGCCCGCAGGCGUACAGGCUUACAACAAUGACUGCGCUCUCUACGCUCCUGCGGUCGAUCAAUCGGUCCAGAAGCUGACCGACUGUCUCUACGACGCGGGCGUGAAAUGGGAAGAUGUUUGGUGCUUUGGUUCUACAAAUGCUACUGCUUCCGCCACCUCCUACCCAACUGCUACUGCUACCGGUACGCUUCCGAACAAAACUUCGAGCUCGACUUCUACUUCUACCUCUACAUCCACCUCGAGCUCGACUUCUAGCCCCAAUGGAGCAUCCUCUGUCUCGACCACCCAGUUCAGUUCCAAGAUGGGGGUUGUUGUUUUCACUUUGAUGUUUUCUAGCAUUAUUUUUGGCAUGUAA